AUGCUUAAGAAGCUUAGAAAAAUACAUUCUUCGGCCCACUCGUCGGUUUACUUGGCAGAAGAAACUGAUCCUGGAAAGUAUCCAGCUGCAAGUCUGGUUUUAAAGAACGUCAAAAACGCCAACAGUCGAGAGAUACAUAUACUGAAAAGGAUUCGGCACAUUAACGUUGUUGAGGCGUACGAUCAAUACGGCACACGCAUUGUGAUGCCAUACUACAGGCACACCUUGAAGGAGGUGUCUCCUGUGGAAAAUGUGAAGUAUAGAAACUACAUAAUAAAAUGCAUAGUGGACGGGCUGACACACAUACACAGCCUUGGCAUAGUGCACCGAGACAUUAAGCCACAGAAUAUACUGGUGGACGGGCUUCAUGUAAAAAUCACCGACUUUGGAAGCUCGCGGGAAAUAGAAAGCAUGGAAAGCGCCCAAGGUAUCUGUGGCGCAGACUCCGCAGGCGGCGAGAAAGAGAUGACUGGCAUAGUUGGGACUCUUAACUACAUUCCUCCAGAAAUUCUCCUGGGAUGCAAAAGGUAUGGGCGGGAGGUUGACCUAUGGGCAGCAGGAUGCACGUUUUGGGAAAUUCUGUGUGGGGAGGUUUGCUUUGAAGGAGACUGCGAAAUUGCCCAGAUAGGAAAAAUAGUCACGCGUCUUGGUGUGUCAGAGAGUGACAAAAAAACGCUGGACAAAUAUCCGUUUAGCGGGCUUGUUCCAAUUACACCAAAAAAGAGCCUGUUUGAAAGGAUAGGCUGCGCAGAGAUGGCUUGCUUGCUUAAAGACCUUCUUCGAUAUGACGCAGAAGGUCGAACCUUUUCUGGUGCAGCGAUGAGAGGCAUUGUGAGCGCAGACUACGUCUUUUUAGACUGCGAAUAG